GACAACCCUGUUCUGUACAACAAAUUUUCGUGAAAUUUUACCAACGCAAAACGUUUUUUCUUCGUGCGGUCAGAAACUAAAAUAAAGUUUACAAAAUGGAUUUCCAAAACCGCGCCGGCGGCAAGACCGGCAGCGGAGGCGUGGCCUCCUGGUCGGAGACGAACCGCGACCGCAAGGAGCGACUGCGUCAACUGGCCCUGGAGACAAUUGAUCUGAACAAGGAUCCGUACUUUAUGAAGAACCAUCUGGGCUCCUACGAGUGCAAACUGUGCCUGACGCUGCACAACAACGAGGGCAGCUAUUUGGCCCACACGCAGGGCAAGAAGCAUCAGGAUAAUCUGGCCAGAAGAGCCGCCAAGGAGGCGAAGGAGGCACCCUCUUCGCUGCUGGCGCCCGAGAAGCCCCGCGUGGAACCGAAGAAGUUCGUCAAGAUUGGACGACCCGGGUACCGGGUGACCAAGCAGCGUGAACUCAGCAACGGCCAGCAGUCGUUGCUCUUUCAGGUGGACUACCCGGAAAUCACGGAGUCCAUUGUUCCGCGACACCGCUUCAUGUCCGCCUACGAGCAGAAGAUCGAGCCGCCAGACCGCAAGUGGCAGUACCUUCUCUUUGCCGCCGAGCCGUAUGAGACCAUAGGGUUCAAGGUGCCGUCCCGCGAAGUGGAGAAGAGCGAGGGCAAGUUCUGGACGCACUGGAACCGUGACACCAAGCAGUUCUUCCUUCAGUUCGCCUUCAAGUUCGAGCCUAAGAUCCUGCCGCCACCGCCGCCGAAUCUACAUAGGGCACUGGGUCCCCCAGGCGGAUUCCCCAUGCCGGGACCGCCACGUCCUGCUAUGCAUCCCAUGUUCAAUGGCGUUCCUCCACCGCCACCCAUGCUUUCAAACAACUAAUUCAUUGACAAUGUUUCUGGGAUUCCUCCAAAAGCAAGGCGAUUACCACAGAAAUAUUCAAAUAAUAAACAAUUUUCUACUUAAUACAA